AUGGAAGCUUCUGGAUGUACCUCUUGUGGCCUCCGACAUUGCCAAUGCCGCCGGCAAGCAUCCACCACCGUAUCCCGCGGCGCAAACGAUGUGCUACUGAAGAUCACUCCAGCUUGUUUAUGUAGUUGCUACUCCUGUUGGGCUAUUUUUUUCUACCUUAUCUUACUCCUCUGUACAGGAAAACUAUUUUUCAACGGGACAUCUGGCUGUUACUUGGACCUCUUUGCCCAUUCCGUCUCCGUCUCCGUCUCAGACGUAAACGCAAACAUUUCAACUGCUGAUUGGAGAAUCGGUUUGAUCGCGAUGAGUCCGGUCUCCGACUGCAAAAUCUCUCUCCAUACAAUCAAAUCGCGUCUCCUUCGUGCCGACGACGUCAUCUCCGAGUCCCCUACGUCGGUGGAUGUUUUCGGACGGCUUGUUACCGAAGACAAAACAGACGGGAAGGUAUUAGCUGUCGAUUUCAAAACGGUGGCAAUGCCGGGAGUUAUGGCCGGCGUGGUUAGGGAUUAUCGGGUGGAGAUUGCCGCCGGAGUGAGUGUAUACUGCGGAGGUGGUUACUUGAUGGUGUUGUGCGGCGAUUUACCGGUGAAGUUCACGGCCGAUCCGGCGGGGAAUGUGAUUGGAUCGUUGCUAGGAAAUAUGAAACGGUGUGAUUAUUUAUUCAGUGAUGAUUUGAAUCUUUCCUUUAGAUCUCCCCGACCAUGA